UGAGCUGAUGAAUUAAGUGCCUGGCUUUACCCUUCGUUUGCAUUACCCUCCUUAGCUGUCCCCCGGAGGUGAGCACAGCUCCUCACCCGCACCUAUUCCAAGGCACAAGCUCAUCCCUGGGGAGCAAUGGGGAUAAACCAGCCCCUGAGCACGAGGCCAGGGGCUCAUGCAGCGAGGACUGAGCUCCUGUGCAGCGGCCCUUCCUAAACCCCAGGGUCACAAAGGGCUCUGCAGCGCUUGCCCUUGAGGCCUGCCUAAAACCAGGCGUGCUUUCCCCAUGGGCAUCACGGCAGCUCCAUCAGCCCCGCGUCGCUGCUUCCCUGCCAGGCACCCGGGGCGGAUCGAGUUUAGGCUUUCAGCGCUCAUUCAGCCAGCAGCCCCCGUGCAGCCCACCCGGCGCAGGUGCUGGGGGGGCCACGUCCCCGCUGUGGUGGCUGGGGGGUGUCUGGUGGCUUGGCCGUGCCGGGAGCUGAUGACAAUGGGCAAUUGUCAAGUUGGGGCCCCUCUCGUUUGAGUUUUCUUCCUUUUAUAGUAAGUAGCAGUUGCUCCAGCAGCUGGCCUGCCCCUGCGGGGUGAGCACGGGGCUUGUAUAUAAGGGAAGGAGCAGCCUUUGCCUUUCAUCCUCGGUUCAGUGGCUUCCCUGGGCAGCAGGACCCAUCCCUGCCCCUUCACACAGCCCCAGCACGAUGCCAAUCAAGAAACCUGACCCCAAGAAGGAAGCGGCCAAAACAGCUCCAGCCCCGGAGCCCCCCCGAGAGCCUGCCUUUGAUCCCAAGAGCGUGAAGAUUGAGUUCACUGCAGAGCAGAUUGAAGAGUUCAAAGAAGCCUUCAGCCUGUUUGACCGGACGCCCGCCGGGGCCAUGCAGAUCUCCUAUGCCCAGUGUGGGGAUGUCCUACGGGCGCUUGGCCACAACCCCACCAAUGCAGAGGUCCUGAAGGUGCUGGGCAAGCCCAAAGCAGAAGAAAUGAACACGAAGCUGCUGGACUUCGAGGCCUUCCUGCCCAUCCUGCAGCACUUCACCCGCACCAAGGAGCAGGGCACCUUCGAGGACUUUGUGGAAGGGCUGCGUGUCUUUGACAAGGAGGGCAAUGGCAUGGUGAUGGGCGCCGAGCUGCGCCAUGUGCUGGUCACACUGGGAGAGAAGAUGACAGAAAGCGAGGUGGAGCAGCUGAUGGCAGGGCAAGAAGAUGCCAAUGGCUGUAUCAACUAUGAAGCUUUCGUCAAGCACAUCAUGUCUGGCUGAAAGGAGAAACUUCAGCUCUCAGCAAUGUUGGAACCCACCCGAGCACCACAAGCAGCGAGAUCCCUCCAUCCGUGUCCCUUCCACCCUGGAUGUCACGCAUCUGCAGAUGUGCCACCACGGAGAGCUGGCCCCCACAAGCGUGUGCCUGAGCCUCGGUGGACAAUGAGACCUCUGCAGCUUGGGUUUAACCCUUCAGUUAUUCUGUUCAGUCUUUUUUUCUGUGACAUUUGGCUCAUUAAAUUCCAUCCUUCUUCCCU